AGUUGCUCAAGAAUUCACUUUACUAAACCUUUAAGUCGUAAAUAUGUGGUUAAUACUAUUUGUUGGGAGCCUAAUCACUUCUAGCGCAAGCGGACUUUAUACACCGAUAUGUGCUGAGGGUGGGUUACCCGUGUGUGCCACAAAUGGUGCAGUAUAUCUUUACUUCGAAAACGAAUGUAGACUAAAUGCUUAUAUUUACAAGCAAAUUUAUCUUGGACAGCGAGUUCCUAUUAAAACGGACUUGGAAAACUGUUUACUAAACUGUCAUGAAAUUGUCUGUCCAGCACUGUUUAAGCCUGUUUGUGCUCAGCAAGUACCUGAUGGACCUGUCCGUACGGUGCCCAAUGCCUGUCUCGUAAAUCAGCUAAUUUGUGCAACUAAGCGACACUGGAAAGUUAUCGGCGAAGGACCCUGUGCGCCAACAUUAAAAUCAACAUCAUUAACAGGUGAAGAGUAUUCGUUUACUUCAUCACCAGUUGAAGAUUAUCUUAUAUCCGAUCCGGAACCAUCUUCGUACACAGGCCAGGAAUACUCAUCGUCCGCAUCUGGUACUUCAUUAUACGCAAUUGAUGAUCAAAUUCAAAAUUACACUGAAUCAGCUCCAGCUCCUGUACCUUAUGCCACCCCAGAUACAGUUUCAGUACCAUCUACUUAUGAAGCACCACAACAAGCGCCUUGUUCAGCUGCCGCUUCCGAUCCUCUACCAUAUAUUGUUCCCAAUCAAAGCCAAAGUUAUCAAGCACCUUCCGAUUCAGCAGCAGCUGCUUGUCCCCAUACAAUAGCGCUUGAUUCAGCAGCCGCACCAUUUGUAACUCUUGAUAAAAGUCAGAGCUAUGUGGCACCUGCUGAGGUACCGAAAUCUUAUCCAGUUUCGGAAACAAUCCCAUCCUCAGCACCAUAUGAAGUAGUUCCUUAUAAGGCCACUGACCAGAAUCAAAAUUUCCCAGUUUCAGCUCCUUAUAUGGCACAGGCUUCAGUGUUAGCUCCCUAUGAAACACAACAGCCAGCAUCAUGCUUAUAUGCAACACCAUCUCCUGCUCCAGCAUCGCUUCCUUAUACUGCCCUUGACCAGAAUCUAAAGAACGUAGUGCCAGUAGCACAGGAUCCAAAUUUAACUCCAUAUGAAGCACAGAAAUCAGCAUCAGCCCCUUGUUUGGCAACUGGUCAGAGUCCAAAUUAUAGUGCACCAGUUCCAGCUUCUGUAGCUUAUUCCGUACAACAACCAAUCCCGUCCACUUAUAAAGCACCUUGCCCUAUUGCCGACGUUUUACCUGCUCCAGCUCCAGCACCUUGUCCACCUCUUGAGCAGGCUCAAAAUUACGCUGCAGGAGUUUCAGCUUCUGCUCCUUAUGCGGCCCAGAAUGCAGUUCCAGCUACCUAUGAAGCAGAGCAAACAGCACUGUAUCCAAAUGCAGCAGUACCAUCUGUUCCAGCACAGCCAGUUUAUUCUAAUCCAGCUCCAGUCCCAGUAUCAUCUCCUUAUGAUGUACAGCAAGCAGCUCCUUGUCCCAAUGCAGAAUCAACACCUGCUGCUGCGCCUCUAUCAUAUGCUGCUAUUGAACAAAAUCCUGCACCUUACGUAGUCCCAAAUCCAGUUGUAGGCGCAGAACAAAAUUACGGAGCUCCAGAUUCUGCUUCUUACUCUGCAACGUGUCAGGAUCCUGCGCCAGCCUCAGCUCCAUCAGCGCCAAACACUUAUUCAGCGCCUGUUCUCACUCCUACACCUUACGUUACUUCAGGUCCAGUAUCAGCGUCAGCUCCAUAUGAAGUGCAACAACCAGCUCCGUAUCCAGUACCUGUUCCAGCUGUCCAAGUUCCUUAUGAAGUUCAACAACCAGCACACUGUGCUAAUGUGGCACCAACGUCAGAUUUGUCAUAUACUGCUCCAGACCAGACUCAAAGUUAUCUAGCCACUUCACCUGCUCCAAUCUCUGGUUCUAAUGCAAAUAGUGAAACAGCACCGGCUUAUCAAGUGCAGCUGCCCGCUACAUCAAAUCAAUAUUCAGAACUUGGAGCUAGACUUCCAGGAUCCUUAGAUUUGACAAAUCUUUUUAAACAACUUCGUAGACGCUCCGGAAUGUUUGUUUAUCAACCAAGGUAUACGCAUAUUAUAAUUAAUAAUUAGUCUUACAAACGAUAGUAAGUCAGUAUUUAUUUAUUAGUGAUAACCCAUAAUGGGUGAUUAGCUUAGGCUUAAUAAAGU